AUGUAUUCAACAAAAACACCUUCCUUAAGAAUUGAUGAAGCAGAUCUUAAGUGUAAGAAUGGUUGUGGAUUUUAUGGAAAUGAUGAAUGGGAAGGUUAUUGUAGCAAAUGUCAUCGAGAAUUUUUACAAAAACAAAGAUCUCAAACAGAGUGUAAUGUUUAUGGACAAGGAUACGAUGCUAAUUCUUCAAAUAGGAGCACAAUUAAUGCUCAACAAAAGUAUGAGGAGAAGAAAGUACAAGAGAAGAAAUACAAAUUAUUGAACAUAUCUUUUCGUAAACCAAGUACAAAAGCACAAGGAUAUCAAGAGUUACUGUAUGAAAUAACAAAAGAUAACUCAGAUCUGGAAAAAGUGAAAGCAGAAAAUCGUGAACUAAUAGGAAUAAUUGCUAAAACAUCAGCGGAAAGAGAUGUUAGAAAAUGUAUGCAUUCUUUUAUAAUUGAGAUACUUCAAAAUAAGGAUGUAAAAAGAAUAGAAGAACUUUCAGAGAUUACACAGAACUUUUAUCAAAUAUUUGCUAAGCGUUUAGAAAAUAAUGUCAAAUAUGCAGAUAUGACACCAGAAGUUAAAGAAAAAUUAUUGGAUUACGUAGAAAGAUAUGCAAUGACUUUACUUUACAGAAUUCUUUUUUGUCCUCCUUUCACUAGUGACGAAGAAAAAGAUUUAGCAAUACAAAACAGAAUUAGGCAACUAAAUUGGGUUAGUGGAAAAAAUUUAGAGUGUAGAAUACAUGAAACCAGUUCUGAAGUUAGGGAACUUGUUUAUACUUCCAUAACAGAUUUAUUAAAUAUGGAUUCUGCAAAGGCUCCACAAGAGAAACUUUCUUGCAUUAUUUAUUGCUGUCGGAACAUAUUUUUAAUGCUUCAGUUAUCUGUUGGUGGGCCUGCAUCUGCAGAUGAAUUUCUUCCUGCAUUGAUCUUCAUUGUUUUAAAAGCUAAUCCUGCUCGUCUUAAGAGCAACAUUAAUUUUAUCACUAGAUUUUGUAAUGCAAGCAGAUUAAUGACAGGGGAAGGUGGAUAUUACUUCACAAAUCUGUGUUGUGCUGUGUCUUUCAUUGAAAAUUUAACAGCUGAAUCAUUGAAUAUGGAUGAAAAGGACUUUAAUGCUUACAUGUCUGGAGAACGAGUACCCGCGAACACUUGGGAAUCUGCCUUAAUGAUAUGUGAGAGUUUGCACCUAAUGUGUGAAGACAUAACACUUCUUGAUGAAAUAAAAACUAAAAAUACAGAAAUACUCAAUGAGACAUCAGACUUAAAAGAAAAAAUGUUACGAUUUCAAGAUGAAAUUGAGUUAGAAGUAAAUACAGUUUUGGAAAGAACUCCAUUGCUGAUCACACAUAGUCAAAGACUGCCAACCAAUCUGGACUGUGAAGAUAUCGAAAGUUAUCAGUUGCCACCUCCAAUUGUUCCACAAGUUUGUUCUACCAUAGUCAAUAGUUCCUCCCAACAAAAUGAUGCGAGAACCUCUUUAAUCGAUGAUUGUGUGACACCAUCUCCUACUUUUGAUUUUCCAUCUUUUAUGGGUGAUGACAGUUUUGAUGUGAGCAAAGCAGAGGAUGAAACUAGUCUCAUAAGUUUAGAUGCACAGUGUGAUUUCGAUGGCCAGCAAGAGAAGUCUACAAAUGAAUUAUUAGUACCAACUCGUUUGCAUUUAGCUUCUGUCACAGAACCAGAAAAGGAAGGGUAUCAUGGAUUUACCAUUCAGGGUUCAAAUAUACCUACAAUUCCUUGUAGUACUGGGGAUUUGUCCCUGAAUUCUACAGAAGCUGAUUGUGAAAAUUAUACAAACUAUUUUCAUAACGUAUAAAAACAUAUUAUUUAAUGAAAUACGAAUCUUAAAGUAUGUUUCACCUUUAUGUGCAGAGUACACAAUCUCAUUAAUGAAAUAGAGUGAUUGUAACAUACAAACGUAAUGUAAAUAACUUUUACCGUUCUGGUCAUAGGCCAGGAUAUUCUGGGCACGAGCGUAGAUGACUUGUUUAGGCAGUGCAGCACAAUGCAGAUUACGCCAUCUUACUGCAUACGAAAUAU